AUGGGUACAAUGGGUGCUAAGGUCUCCCCAUCACCAAAUUCUGUCGGAACUGAGUUUGAAGCUUCUAGCCAGCUAGGCAGCUACUCUACGUUAUCUCAGAUUGAAGAGCGAUAUACCAGUUCCGGAGGUUUAUGCUUACAGCCGCUAUCAGAGACAUGGAUAUCAGCAGGGUCGAAUCACCCAGAGCUAGCUGAGCAUAAGAGAGUCAAGGUCCUUCGUCAAUUAGGCGCCAUCACUCAAAAGCUUCUGCAUCAUGCUGAAGUUCUGCCGCGAUCACACCAUUGUUUCACCGCACCAAUCCCUUCUCGUGACUACGAAUCUGAUGCUCAAGAAAAUCCGAAAUGUGACUCUUCUGAGAACAGGGUCGACUACGUUAUUGCUGGCGACGCUCUCCGGGAUAAGAUAGAGACACUCAAUUUACGAGGUCCUUGCUUGGGAGGCUUCCCACUAUGGCACCCUGACUUGAAUGUUAACAACAUCUACGUUGACGAGGACCAUAACAUAACGUGCAUAAUCGAUUGGGCCUUCUCCUCCUUUGAUUCAAUCAAUGACUAUGGUCUUUUUGCUGCUCUCUGGAAUGGAGCCUACGGACCUGAAAAGCACCUAGCAACUUGGUUCAUUCAGCAACGGUCUUCUCCUCGAUACAGACAAUUAUACUCUGAAGCACAACAGGAAGAUUUACCACCACACAAAAUCCGAAAGAUGGAGCAAGAAUAUUUUGGGGGCAAUGUCAUGAGGAGUACCAUUGCCCGGAAGCUGACUUUGAGUUCGCAGUGGAAGUCACAAUAUCUUACUUCCCCCAUUGGGCAACCACAGCUCUGCUAUGCUUCACACGCACCGGCGCUGAUCCCAGUUCCCCCUGCUGCGGACUCUUUGCCGCCAGGGACUGGAGGUCAUAAUCCCCUUGGAGGCGGCGGCAUAAUGCAGUCUGCCCUUUUUCCUGCAGAUGCCCCCGCGGAGCCCACUGUCUAUACACUACCCAGUAUCUGUCAAGCUCCUCUUCCGGUGCUUAUAUUGGUGCUUGGUGUCCAGAUCCCUGCUCUAAUGAGAAUGUUAGAUCAUAGUCUAUUCGAAGACUUCUCUCCUGGCGUAUCUGCGCGUCCUCACAGCCAGGAUAAUAUGAAUCAUGCACCCCCUAAUCCUCCGCUACCAACUGUCCAGGAUGACCAUCCGGUCAGUCAGAACCUCCAGAGGGAAAGCGGGUUAUUUGUCGCAGAUGCAAGGUUGUGGAAAUGGCUGUUGAGGGUUAUCGAAGAAACUGAGGACACUGCGUGA